AUGAAAGGCAUCGUCGUUGGUGGUGUCAUUGCAGCACUUGCCGUGGCAGCUGUCGAAUCCUUGAACUGUACACAGUGUGAUUCAUAUACAGCCCCUAAACGUCAAGGAGGAGUCACCGUGUUGUACCAGAAUAUGUCCUGCUCAGCAGAAAAUUGUUCUCAGGAGAUGGACUUGGUGGCCUUCACUGUCCAUGUGUCUGAUGGAGAACAAUUCCACUUUGCAAGCCAGUGCUGCCAAGGAAAGAACUGCAAUAACACCAGCGAAGCACUGGAUCCUCCACUGGAAGAUGUGCUCAGAAGCACAGAGUGCCCUGCUUGUUAUGGACCUAACAUAUCAUCUUGUGGUGAGAAGCCACAGAAGUGCUAUGAAGAAGUACGGUGCAUCUAUCUAAUUGCAGAAUUUAAAAGUAAUUCUGAGUCUAACACUCUUGUGCUGAAAGGCUGUUCCAACAUCAGUAAUGACACCUGUCAGUUCCUGGCUGCUAAAAAUCAGACAGUUGGAGAGGUCAUCUUCUAGCAGGUUGAAUGUAGAGAUGCCUUGUUAAUUUCCACUUCCAUACCAAGUGUCACCUCCAAACCAACCACCAGCUCCAGCACAGGCUUCAAAGCCUCCCUUGCUUCCUUGCCUGUUGCCAGCCUCCUUCUGCUGGGACUGCUGCUCUAA